AUGUCGAGGCUUUCCGCCGAAGGCGAACUCCCGCCACGCGCUAGUCACCAUACUCACCUCCCCAGGACUACCACUAAUCUUCAGGACGACGACGAAGUAGCGCUUGCCAGCCUCGGAUACAGGCAAGAAUUUCGUCGAGCUUACUCAACAUGGGAAUUGUUUGGUGUCGGAUUCAGUCUCAUCGGGAUAUUCCCUUCGAUUGCGUCCGUUCUCGUGUAUGCUAUUCCAAAUGGAGGGCCAGCAGCUAUGAUCUGGGGUUGGACGGUCUGCACCGUCUUUCUAGUAACUAUUGCUCUAGCGCUAGCGGAACUAGGCUCGGCCGCCCCAACUGCCGGUGGAUUGUACUAUUGGACGCAUAUGUAUUCAUCUCCCAGGUACAAGAAUGUGCUCUCUUGGAUUGUUGGCUAUGCCAAUGCGAUUGGGUACAUUGCUGGGAUGACAGGUGUAGAUUACGGGUGUGCUGUGCAAGUCAUGGCCGCCGUCAGCAUUGGAUCCGACUUGACCUUCGUCCCGACUUCGGGCCAGACUUUUGGUGUUUUCGCCCUGAUCCUGUUCCUCCAUGGCAUCGUAUGUGGUAUGCCCUCGACUUAUGUGGCUCGACUUCAGAAUUUCUACAUUUUUUUCAACGUUUUACUUUGCCUGGCAAUCAUCGUCGGUGUGCCUGUAGCAACUCCGAAGGAAUUCAGGAACACAGCAAAAUUCGCAUUUGGUGGUUUCACCAACUUCAACGGCUGGACGGAUGGCUACGCAUUUGUUCUGAGCUUUAUCGCCCCUCUGUGGACCAUCAACGGCUUUGACGCGAGUGUGCAUAUUAGCGAAGAGGCCUCUAAUGCAAGCUUUGCUGUACCUUGGGCUCUCAUGAUGGCGGUCAUACUUUCUAGUAUCUUAGGAUGGGGCAUCAACGUAGUUUUGGCAUUCAACAUGGGAACGGACAUGGAGUCAAUUCUGACAAGCCCCAUAGGGCAGCCCAUGGCCGCAAUCCUGUUCAAUAGCUUUGGUCGAAAAGGUACCUUGGCUGUCUGGGCUGUAGUAGUCGUCACACAAUUCAUGGUGGGUAUGGGAGGUGGUAUUUGCGCCUCGCGUCAAAUCUUCGCCUUUUCGCGGGAUGGCGCCCUCCCUUUCUCUUCCCUUUUGCGACAGAUUAAUCCCCACACACAGACGCCAAUAAACGCAGUCUGGUUCGCCGUAUGCAUCGCUCUCCUCCUCGGGUUACUCUCCUUCGCAGGCCCUGUGGCUAUUGGGGCUAUAUUCUCGCUCGGCAUUGCGGGACUGUACCUUGCCUAUCUCAUCCCCAUUGCAGCGAGAUGGCUCGGAAGCGAAGAGUUCAAGCCUGGUCCAUUUUCACUCGGCAUUUUUAGUCUCCCCAUUUCGAUCAUCGCAGUAGUCUGGAUGACCUUCAUGCUUGUCAUCUUCUGCUUUCCCACUACGCCCACACCAACUGUCGCAGACAUGAAUUAUACCUGCCUUAUGUUGGGUGGAUUGAUAUUUUGUUCGCUAUCAUACUAUUACUGUCCGAAGUAUGGAGGAAAACACUGGUUCACGGGCCCUGUGGUUACUAUCGAGGGUGCUACGAGUGAUAUAGAAGGUGAAAAGGAUAAUGAGAUGCAUGCGGUAGAUCUUGUUGAGAAGGGUUGA